AAGGGUAAGAUCUCUCCCGAUAAUUAAAAACCGGUUAAAAUUCACCCGAAGUUCCACCCACAAAUUCCAAAAUCAAAAGGCUGAUGCUGGGCAGAGCACAGUAUUGAGUGCAUUGAAACCCUAGAAAGGAGAGAGGAACAAAAUGGGGCAUAGUACCCACCAUCAGCACCACCACCACCAAGCAGCAGAUGGUUUAGUGAAUCUAUUGACAAAGGCAAACCACGAUCUCACUCUGGUUCAGCUGAAGCUCGACAAGGAGUUUCAACAAGUCUAUCCUGAUAGUGCAAAUCCUAUGAAGCUAUGUAAUCGGAUAAAGAAGAUACAGGAGGAUCUUACUACGUUGAAAGAGCAGUGCCGCGAGCUUCUAGCUGCCAAACAGUUCCAUUUGCAGGACUUGAUUGAUAAAGCACGGACAACUCUUGUUGGAAACAGAAGUUUAUUACAGAGAAUGCAAGCAUCCACGGGCAUUUCCGUCGCUACCGUCGAUGAGGACCCUGCAUUUGCUAAUUUCAAUCAGAUUGUUGAUGAGUGGACAAUUCAAGUCAGAUCAAGAGUAGGGGAUGAGAAGAAUUCAGAAUCUGAGGACAUUAACAAAUUACUCUUCUCAGCUAUAGUUGAAAGCAAUUGAAUUGCCUUUGUUGAAAAGUAUUAUUGGUUGCACGACAUGUUCUAUGGACCUCCCAAAUAAUGUUGGAUGAGGAAUCAGUAGUUAAGUUUUGCUGCAGGGUUGCCAUCAUAUUUUCUUUCACUGGCAUUGUGAUUCUCUGUUUUGUUUGUACAGACUUGCAAAAACAUGUUGUUUGUAUCAGAAUAGCCUUUUCUA